AUGCAAGACACUGAUGAUCAUUCCUUCUCUCUCAUCUCCGAGCCAGGAAUUGAGACCAUAUACACACCGACUGACCAAGGCACGGAUGAGUAUGAGUUUGUGUUCGAUGAUAGCCGAUCCGAUUGCUCCCAACAAGAUGAUGCCUCAAGCUGCUGCACAUCGUUAACCCCGAGUGUCUUCGACUAUGAGCACUCUUAUGGCCGGCGCUUUCAUGCUUAUCUUGGUGGAAGGUAUCCCUUGCCAAAUGACGAAGGAGAACAAUGUCGCGAGCUGGUUGAGCAUCUUUUGAUGGAACAACUUAUGGAUGGGAGACACUUCUUAUCUGACAUCGGCGACGAGCCGCAGAGGAUCAUUGAUAUUGGCACAGGGAACGGAGCAUGGGCAAUCGACGUUGCCGACUUAUACCCAAGUACAACCGUAAUCGGAACCGAUUUGUCCCCUAUACAGUGUAAAACGACGCCGCCUAAUGCAUCCAUGUUUGUCGAAGACUGCGAGGACCCGUAUUGGGCGAACGGACAUAAUUUUGAUCUGGUCCACAUCCGGGGAAUGGCUGGAUUUCUUCUUGAUCUGGACGUCAUGGUUACCAAUGCCCAUGAGCACAUCAAGUGCGGUGGGUGGAUCGAGUUCCAAGAUUUCGACUAUACAGUCCGUUGCGACGACGGUACCAUGCAGAAAGACGACCCAUUGCGAGUAUUCUUCGAAACUUGCGCCCAGGGAAUAAGAAAAUAUGGCUGCACAAACUUUGGCAGGAAAGAUGUACGAAAGUCAAUGAUUUCUGCCGGUUUCCUCCAAGCUCAGGUGGUAACCAAGAAAGUGCCCAUCUCAUGCUGGCCGAAAGACGAGGGACUGAAGGAUUUGGGAACACUGAUGGAGGCCAAUAUCCUGGAGCUCAUCGGCUCCAUGUCUAUCAAGCCUCUGAUUGCUUUAGGAAUGUCGGAUGAAGAGAGAGAAGAGAUGGUAUCUCGAGCUUGCAAGAGCCUCAGGAGAGGCAAAGCGCAUCGCUAUAUGAACUGUCGUUUUGUGUACGCUCAAAAAGACGGAGAUUAUGAUUCGAUUGAGGGGCCUGAUAGCGAUGGGUGA